AUGGAUGUGCGUGUACGAUUAGCUAAUGAAGAUCUUUGGGCCAAGUUUCACGCCAACACCACGGAAAUGGUGGUCACGAAAACCGGCAGAUGUUUAAUUACUGAUGAAUUAUCUUUCUUACUCGCACAUUCUUCUUUUUUCAGGAAAAUGUUUCCAAAAUUGGAGUACAUAAUAGAAGGACUGGAUCCAAAGCUUGCAUAUUUUCUUGCACUCCAGAUUGAGCAGGUCGACGAUAACAGGUAUAAGUUUUCUGGUGGUGAAUGGAGCCCAGCUGGUCGAGGAGAAUGUGGAACAGUCUCGAAAAGCGUUACACACCAUGACACCAUCAUGCCCGGUGCCCAUUGGAUGCGACAGCCGGUGAACUUCGAACGAGUCAAAAUCACCAACAACUUUAGUGAUAUGAGCCCGAGCCAUGUGAGUUCCAUCUACAGCAAUGCCAUUUCACUCUUGCUAUGGAGAAUAUUCCUUCAAUCAAUGCAUAAGUACAUACCUGUGCUGAGUAUAUUCGAAACGCCAUCACUUCCUUCAGCAUCAACAAAGCAGGUUGCCCGGAUCCGAAUACCCGAGACCGAAUUCAUCGCCGUGACCGCUUAUCAGAACACUACCAUCACUCAGCUGAAAAUCGAGCACAAUCCAUUUGCGAAGGGUUUCCGUGACGGUGGUGAACGAAAGCGAUCAACGCCCGAAGACUGCUCGGCAACGCCAUCACCAAAACGUGUCUACUCACCACAUCAACAUCCCUACGCCGCUCUCUUCGACAAGCCGAUGCCAGUAGUGGCUACGUCAGCACCACAGUUGGCGAUGCCACCAUUGUGGCCAGCAUUCUGUCCACCAUACUGGAGUCCCUAUACUUACAUGUUGAAUCCCUUUUUGGCGAGAUUUGGCGCUGCACCGAAAUAA